AUGGCGGACAGCAUACUCGAAGGUCAACGGGUCAUUACCGUCGCCAUCGAUCCCGUCGCCUUGGUCGUCACAGAAUGCAUUACCGUCACGUCUGCGAUGCGCAAGCACGCCCGAUGGGCACACUCUUCCAUAUCCUCCAUUCUCGGCGGCAGCAACUCUCCUCGAGGCUCCACAAGCGAUGCUCGCGACGCGAACCACAUUCGAAAUCGAGCUAGCAGCAAGAUUGAUCUGAUCGAGGAUGGCGGACUACUAUCCUCACGGUGGGGCCUUCGCGGCAAGAAGGGGCAGAGCAUGCAGGACAACCCAUUGAUGAGUGCUUUCGCGAAGCUACGCGCGGAUCUGAAGCAUUGCAAGGAUAUACAAGAGUUCGAUACGCCGAGUCUUCUGCAGCCGUUUCUUCAGGUCAUUCGAAGCUCAAGUACUACCGCUCCAAUCACGAGUCUGGCACUCAUUGCGAUCACGAAGAUGCUGGCUUAUAACAUUGUGAAUCCGAGGAGUCCAAACUUCAGCCAUGGCAUGCAGCUGCUGGCAGCAACUGUCACGCACUGUCGAUUCGAGGGAGACAAUAGCCCGAGUGAUGAGGUGGUGUUUCUCCGGAUAUUGAAGUUGAUGGAGGAUAUGAUCUGCGGGUCUUCGGGAGAAGUGCUGGGUGACCAGAGUGUCUGUGAGAUGAUGGAGUGCGCGUUGUCAAUCUGCUGUCAUCUGAGAAUGAGCGAGGUCUUGAGACGAAGCGCGGAGAUCAGCAUGGUUACAAUGUGUCAGACCAUCUUUGGCAGGCUCAAGACACUGGAAGCAGAAUUUGGAGAAGAGGUGAAUACCAUGGAGGAUUCAGUACCGCAGCAGGACAUGGACGCCGCGAAAAUCGACUCCUCGCCGAAUGGAGAUCAUGGACCGGACUCGAUGAAGCAGAUGCGGACAAAUUCGAGCUUGGAGGUCGCUGCAAGCAAUACAGACCGAUCGUCGAUUGAUGCAAAUACAAGUCAGCUUGAUCUGUCAAGACCAGAAGGGGAGGAUGGAGAAGUGAUCGACGUGAAGCCGUAUGGACUGCCUUCGAUAAGAGAGUUGUUUCGAGUAUUGUCUGAUCUUCUGGACCCACACGAUCGUCAAAGAACCGACACACUCCGCGUCAUGGCUUUGCGAAUAGUCAAUGUCGCCUUGGAGGUUGCAGGCCCGAGCAUCGCAAACCAUCCAAGUCUGGCGUCUCUGGCAAAGGACACCAUGUGCCGAAAUCUCUUCCAGCUGGUCCGCUCGGAGAACAUCGCCAUCCUGCACGAAUCGCUUCGAGUUGCCGGAACUUUGCUUGCGACUUGCAGAAACGUGCUUAAACUUCAGCAGGAGCUCUUCUUGUCAUACAUUGUCGCCUGCCUACAUCCUCGAGUCCCAAUCCCAGAUGAGCCAAAUAUCGACCCGUCACUCUACGCCGGAGUACCACAAGCUCCUACACUGGUACGGCCCCAAGCGGCCGGGCCUGCUGCAACUCCCAGUAGUGGUCGUUCGACGCCUGUUCCCGUUCGAGAUCGACAAAAGCUGGGCAUGGAAGGCGGAUCUCGCAAACCUGAUGCUCGGGAGGCUAUGGUCGAGAGCAUCGGCGGUCUUGUGCGCGUUCCGAGUUUCAUGGCCGAGCUUUUCGUCAACUACGACUGCGAGGUUGACAGAAGCGACUUGUGCGCAGACAUGGUCGGCUUGCUCUCCAGAAAUGCUUUCCCAGACUCGGCAACGUGGAGUACAACGAACGUGCCGCCUCUUUGCCUAGACUCUCUGCUAGGAUAUGUUCAAUUCAUCGCCGAGCGAAUGGACGAGAAACCAGUCGUGGAUGGUCUUCCUGACAAGAAGGAGCUGCAAGACCGCAGAAGACAGAAAAAGGUCAUCAUCAAAGGCGCCAGCAAGUUCAACGAGAAUCCAAAGGGCGGGCUGGCAUAUCUCGCUGCGCAAGGCAUCAUUAGCGAUCCCAACGAUCCACAUUCCGUGGUGAAGUUCCUCCACGGCACAACUCGAGUAGACAAAAGGGUUCUCGGCGAGUACAUCUCGAAGAAGUCCAACGAACCCAUUCUUGACGCAUUCAUGGAUUUGUUCGACUUCAAGGAUCAUCGAAUCGACGAAGCGCUUCGGCAAUUGCUCAAUAGCUUCCGUCUACCUGGAGAGGCUGCACUCAUCGCGCGAAUUGUGACGGUAUUCAGCACGAAGUACUUUGAAGUCGCGAAACCCGAGCACAUUGAGGACAUCGACUCGGUGUUUGUGCUGACUUAUGCGAUUAUCAUGUUGAACACGGAUCAGUACAACCCCAACGUCAAAGGCCAGAACCGAAUGAAGUUUGAAGACUUUGCUAAGAACCUGCGCGGCGUUAAUGGUGGUAAAUCGGACUUUGACCAAGGUCUUCUUCAAGAGAUCUACGACGCCAUUAAGAGCCGUGAGAUUGUUCUUCCCGAAGAGCACGAGAAUAAGCACGCCUUUGAGCACGCUUGGAAAGAGCUGCUCGUCAAGACCGCAACCGCCGAGGAUCUGGUCAUCUGUGAGACGAACCUGUAUGAUGCGGACAUGUUCUCAGCUACCUGGAGACCGAUCGUCGCGACGCUAAACUACGUCUUCGUUUCGGCGACCGAAGAUGCGGUAUUUCAGAGAGUCAUUGCCGGCUACAACCAGUGCGCGCAGAUCGCGGCCAAGUAUGAGAUUAGCGAAUGUCUGGAUUACAUCAUUUUGUCGCUGGCGAAGAUCAGCUCGCUGGCAACUGAGACGCCCCCAAGCACUAGUCUGAAUACUGAGGUCCAGGCGAGUGGGAAGAGCAUCAUGGUCAGCAAAUUCGCAGUCGAUUUUGGUAGGGACAACAAGGCUGAAUUGGCGACCUUGGUACUCUUUCGAAUCAUAAACGGGCACGAGGGUGCAAUUCGGGAUGGAUGGACACACAUCGUCAGAAUCAUUGUCAACCUCUUUGUCAACUCUCUGAUUCCGACAUCAUUCACCUCCAUCUCACGCGAUCUGGAUCUCCCUGCUAUACCUCUGCAAUCUCCGGCACAAGUCAUUGAGCGCAAUGAGAAAUCCACAGAUGUUGGACUUUUCAGUGCAUUCACAAGCUACGUCAGCAGCGUCAUGAACGACGAGCCGCCGGAGCCAAAUGAGCAGGAAAUCGAGGCAACGUUGACCACAGUCGACUGCAUCAAUGCUUGUCACUUCGAAGAGAUACUCGGGAACGUCAGCGAGCUACCAGUCGCGUCACUCAAGUCGUUGACCAUGUCACUGCUCGCGCACCUGCCUGAGCAAGGCUCUCCCAGGGUGAUAUCGGUCAAACCAGAGCUCCCGUCACCGCGCACGAACGGCACGAAAUCGUCAGCAGACCAGCCGGAGUACAAUCCGGCAGUUGUCUAUGUUCUGGAAUUGGCGACAAUACUAGCAUUGAGAGACGAAGAAACGAUCAACACUCUAGGCGCCGACGUCGCCGAGGCACUGCAGAGUGUGAUUGGAGAUUCUGGUCGAUUGCACCCAGUCGCGCUGAGCAGGACAGUGUUCUAUCUGCUCAGUCUUCUUCGAGCAAGCAACGACCACGGUUACAUUCGCGCACCGGUCGUUCUGCACGGCAUUUCGAGCUUCCGCGAAGAGGUUCUGAAGCAGUGCGCUCAACCCGUACUGAAAGGUCUCCAUGGCUGCAUCAGUGGCCCUGCCGAACUCAAGAACGAGUUGGCAUCAAGUCCGGAUUUCUGGGCGGUGCUUCAUAACUUGCAACCACAGCCCGAUGCUGCGGCUCUGGUGUUCCAGAUCUCGGAGUCUGUUGCAGACGGGCCGAACCCUGCAAUCACGCCGGACAAUUACGAUGCCUGUGUCGCUUUGCUCAAUGCGUUUGCCACUGCUGGAAGUGUCGGCGCCGCUCGAGAACAAAAGUCGGGCAAGCGUGGCUCGCGACAAGCAUCACCGCCGGAAAAGCCGGCCAAGAAAGACGAAGCGGUCGCGAGAGGCACGCGCGCCAUCUCCAUCGUUUCAUCGCUCGCCCGCCGCGUGCCGGUUCUGAUUAAGCAGUCACAGCUUGAGACUAACGAGGCAUGGAGAGCGUACUGGUCGCCCAUCUUCCGCUGUCUAGCCACCCAAUGCGUCAAUCCCUGCCGCGAGAUCCGCCAGCAAGCAUUCUCUUCCCUGCAACGCUGCUUGCUGUCUUCCGAACUCGCCUCUCCCGAUCACACCGAAUGGACGAACAUCUUCGGUGAGGUCCUCUUCCCUCUCAUCAACCAACUCCUCAAACCUGAAGUCUACCAGACCGACCCCGCUGGAAUGGCCGAAACCCGCGUGCAGGCGGCACAACUUCUGUGCAAGAUCUUUCUCCACUAUCUGGUAUUGCUCAGCGAAUGGGACGGCGUGCUUGACCUUUGGAUCAAGAUCCUCGCCAUCAUGGAUCGGUUCAUGAACUCGGGUCAAAGCGACAUGCUGGUCGAAGCCGUACCGGAGUCGCUGAAGAACAUUCUGCUAGUCAUGAGCAGCGGCGGGCAGCUUGCUCCGCCGCCUGCUGAUGGCGACAAAGACGAACGUUCAGAGACACAGCAGAAGUUGUGGGCAGAGACUUGGGAGAGGCUGCACAAGUUUUUACCCGAUCUGAUGCCGGAGGUCCUUCCUGAGGCGCCCAACAAGCCAAAGGCUGCGAAUUUCGUCGUUCCUGUGAAGACCGAGACGGAGGAAGAGGCGCCCAAACUGAAUGCUUCGAACGAGGCCGAGCCGACCGCUGCAUAG